AAUAAUGAGCCUGGGCGCGCUGGACUGGGAGAGAUACUGCUCGAGUUAGGAGUUGAUUACGUGUAAUAAAAUCCUCUCCCACACUGACACAAAGGGUUCAGAAGCGCAGGUCACAGCGAAAGCUCCGGCACUGUGGACCUCGGAAGCGGGACGCGCUUGGAAUUGUUUGAAAUUUGAAGAACCAGUGGAAAGCGUAGGGAUGGUGGAGAACUCCGCCAACAGCAAGGGUCAAAUGCCCGGUCUGACCCCCGAGGGAUUGAGCAUGGUGUUGCCUGGAAGCCCUUCGUUCUCCCCCCACCACGCAGGCGUCAAGCUGGAGGCGGUGAUGGAGCAGCUCCAGAGGCAGCAACAAGCCCGUCUGGAGAUGGAGCAGCGAGAGCGGAACGAGCGGCAUGUCCGCGAGGCCCACAUCAGGUACACCCAGCAGGUAGCAGCUCAGCAAGCCGUCCUGGCUGCAGCAAGGGCCUCGGGGAACCAGCUUCCUUCGGGACUCCUGCACAGGGGCCUGUCUGCGCUGGUGGUGGGGGGCCAGAGAGCCUCAGAUCAGAGCAGCGUGAACUCGGAGGCGGACGAGGAGAGGGCCCGAGGGUCUGGGGAUGAGGAGGAGGAGGAGGAGGAGGAGGAGAUGGAAAGGGAUGAGGAGCUGGAGGAAGGGAGUGAGGAGGAGGAAGGUAGUGGAGGUGGAGCUGUCGGUUUGGAAUACCUCCGGAAACAGACCCUGGCUUUGCAGAUGGCCCACAGACUGCUGCCCGCCACCCACCCGUCUCCCCCAGGCCCUCCUCCUCCCAUCGUCGAGGUGAAGCAGGAGCCGGACGAGGAGAGCCACUCUCCCGGGGAGCAGACAUCAGGAUCCCCGAGUGGGCAGCCGGACUGGGGCUACGAUGAGCAGUUCAAACAGAAUGGGAGUCUGGCAUGGAGCGACGAAGCUGACGGGGGCCGAGGAAGAGGAGGAGGAGAGGCAUCGCGAGACUUCGCCAAGGGUAGAUGGGAUUCUUCUGUGCUAGACAAAAAGUCCAACGACUUUGACAGGGAAGGACAGAAAAUGCUUUAUGAACUCGACGGUGAUCCCAAGAGGAAAGAGUUCCUGGAUGAUCUCUUCACCUUCAUGCAGAAGAGAGGCACUCCGGUGAACAGAAUUCCCAUCAUGGCGAAGCAGGUCCUGGACUUGUACACGCUCUACAAGCUGGUGACGGAGAAGGGAGGACUGGUGGAGGUGAUCAACAAGAAGAUCUGGAGGGAGAUCACCAAGGGACUUAACCUGCCCACUUCAAUAACCAGCGCUGCCUUCACUCUCCGGACACAGUAUAUGAAGUACCUCUACCCCUACGAGUGUGAGAAGAAAGGCCUCAGCUCUCCGGUGGAGCUCCAGGCUGCCAUCGACAGCAACAGACGGGAAGGCCGGCGGCCGAGCUACACCUCCACUCUCUUCGGCUACUCCCCAACCCCCUCCGGGGCCCCGCACAUCCUGUCUCCCCCCAAAAUGCACCUCCCAAACAACGGGCUGCACCUCUCCCCCGGCCAGCCCAUGAAGAAAGAAGACGGGAUGUCAGCCACGCUGCUGUCGAGCCGCCUCCCCAUGGCCAUGGCUCUGGGCAACCAGCAGAUGUCAGGCUUGGCCCGGGCCGCCACGCUCGAGCAGCUGCGGGAGAAGCUUGAGACGGGCGAGCCCCCGGAGAGGAAGAUGGCACGGGUAGCAGAGGAGCAGCAGCGGUUCAUCCAGCAUGCCUUCCAGCAGAACCUCCUCGCCAUGGCAACGCAGAUGCCAAUGAACAUCAGAAUCAACAACCGCGAAGACAAGCAGGACAUGGCAUUGAGCAUUUCAGCGAGCGGCACGCACAGCAUCAGCAUGUCCGUGGAGGUUAAUGGCACUGUCUAUUCCGGUGUCUUGUUCGCUCAGAAGCCGGCAGCAGCAGCCCCAGGUCCGAGUGGCGGUUUCGGGAUCCUCUCCUCCUCUCACAGUCCCACCUCCUCCAAGGCACCCAGCUCUGCAGAACCCUCCACCAGCGGCUCCCCCUAGAGGCCACACCUUGCAUGGGCGGUGUUAGUGUGGAAAGGUUGAGAGAGGGAGGGGAGGGGGGACACAAGGACUUGUUGGCAGUUCGUAUAUAGAAAUAUAUAUUAUAUUAACCAUGGCAGGGAUUUACAGACUUUCACAACUAUUACCUCAUCAACUCGUCUGACCUGUCUGUCUUCAUAGAUGCACAGCCAAAAGAUGGCGAAUUGAACUUGAAGAUUUUGUAUUGUUGUUUUUCUAUAUCACAUACCUCAAUCAUUUUGCAAUGCUGAUACCUCAAAGGGCUGUAGUUUACAAUGACUGUUUACCGAAUGUGUUCUCAGUAUUACGAGUGCUUUUUAAACUGGAGGAGAGCAGGGGCUGCAUAUCCCAGACCCAGCCUCAUUAGCAGCCUCUCGUUUCCAACGCUCAGCCAGCCCUGCAAGAGCCGACGCAACUCUUUGAAAAGCAUAGGAGUUGAAUUCAGGUCCUAAAACCAAUGCUGCAUCAAAUGCAACUCCUCUGAUUUUGAAGAGAACCCAAAAUGCACCUUAAUCAGAACACCCAUGCCAUGAGUGAGGAGACCCUGGUCUUCAGAUUCACAGUGCAGCGUGCUGUCAGUCUCGUAUCGUAUCAUACAGGCUUGCAUGAGUGAGGAGACCCUGGUCUUCGGGUUCACAGUGCAGCGUGCUGUCAGUCUCGUAUCGUAUCAUACAGGCUUGCAUGAGUGAGGAGACCCUGGUCUUCGGGUUCACAGUGCAGCGUGCUGUCAGUCUCGUAUCGUAUCAUACAGGCUUGCAUGAGUGAGGAGACCCUGGUCUUCGGGUUCACAGUGCAGCAUGCUGUCAGUCUCGUAUCGUAUCAUACAGGCUUGCAUGAGUGAGGAGACCCUGGUCUUCGGAUUCACAGUGCAGCGUGCUGUCAGUCUCGUAUCGUAUCAUACAGGCUUGCAUGAGUGAGGAGACCCUGGUCUUCGGAUUCACAGUGCAGCGUGCUGUCAGUCUCGUAUCGUAUCAUACAGGCUUGCAUGAGUGAGGAGACACUGGUCUUCGGGUUCACAGUGCAGCGUGCUGUCAGUCUCGUAUCGUAUCAUACAGGCUUGCAUGAGUGAGGAGACCCUGGUCUUCAGAUUCACAGUGCAGCAUGCUGUCGGUCUCGUAUCAUAUCAUACAGGCACCACUUUAUGCUCAGCGUGGUAAGCUAGCCUCGUAAAUCUAGUAACCAGACUGAUAUAUUUGUGGAUCAAGCACGUUUAUUAGUAUGGUUAAGGUGCUUUUUAGGGGAGCAGGGAGCUUUUUAAAACUGAAAAUCAGCGUGCAGCUACAGUUCAAAUUAAACUGUUUCCCUUUUUCUGCUUUACCAGAAAGGGUUGUCUCAGGAAUAUGCUGGUACAUUAACAUUUUUUUAAAUAUUGGGUUAUAAAAAUAUUACUUUGUGCUAUUCAAGUAUAUCUCUCUGAUUUUGUGGUUAAAUUCUAUUUUUCUUCCUAUCUUUCUAUAUACCUCAUCUGAUCAGUUUGACGUUAUUUCGAAUGCUUGUUGAAUUUGUAAUGUACUUGUUGAUGUUUAUUGAAAACCAAAGACGACAAAAAAAAAAAUGAUGACCCGCCCCACACUUCAAGUGGGAGCUCUUGGGAACCGGCUUUGCUAAGAAUCAUUCAGACUUCAGUAUAGCCUCACAUUGGCAGUUGUUUUCAUAAUAGCAGAACUGCUGGAAGCUCCUUUGAUGGAUUGUGUAACAUUUUAAGAUGUGGGGGUGUUGUAUGCAGUGUCACAGUUGACAGUAUUAUAGAUGCAACUCUGCCAGUCUGCUUGCGAAUGGCUUGGUCUUGCACAGCUAAGUACCAAAGAUAUGGGAUCUCCAUGUAAACAAAAUACCUCAAUGUCCGCAAGAAAGCAGGACCUUGUGUGGCUUCAUUUGACAGUGUUGGUCAGCAGCUCAGCUGAGGGGGUCGGGGGUGCUCAGUGCCUUCAAGGGUCCUGAAAGAGAAUGUGGUCAGGAGGCCUUUAAUUGAGGUGAUGACCAAAAACACUGAAGGACAGAACCUCACAAAGAACCGGACCCAGUCCUGAAGGACAGAACCUCACAAGGUACCAGUCUCAGUCCUAGAGGACAGAACCUCACAAAGAACCAGUCCCAGCCCUAGAGGACAGAACCUCACAAGUUACCGGCCCCAGCCCUGAAGGACAGAACCUCACAAAGAACCGGCCCCAGUCCUGAAGGUCAGAACCUCACAAGGUACCGGUCCCAGCCCUGAAGGACAGAACCUCACAAAGAACCGGUCCCAGCCCUAGAGGACAGAACCUCAUAAGGUACCGGCCCCAGCCCUGAAGGACAGAACCUCACAAGUUACCGGCCCCAGCCCUGAAGGACAGAACCUCACAUUGUACCGGUCCCAGCCCUAGAGGACAGAACCUCACAAGUUACCGGCCCCAGCCCUGAAGGACAGAACCUCACAAGGUACCGGCCUCAGCCCUGAAGGACAGAACCUCACAAGGUACCGGUCCCAGCUACGUACUCGGGUUCUUCUAAAUGGACGCCAUCGUUAGCACAGAGAGUUAAAGGUUAAACAUUAACAAUAAAAGUAUAAUGUAGGCAGCACUUUACAAAUAUACCUUAAAUCACAAGGCUGUUAAUAAAAACUACAUCUCUUUAACAAGUAUCAAAUCAUGGCUAGAAAACUUUACAGCUAGGGCCAAAAGUUUUGCAUCACCUAGAAUUUUAGAAUUGAGACAACUGAAACAAAACCCCAAAAAAUAUUAAAAAAAGAAACAUUUAAACAUUUAACAUUAUGUAAUCAAAGAAAACACAAUGAUUUUGCAAAAGUCUACCGGAAGCCAUAAUAGUAGUACAGUAUUUCAUGUUAGAUUUCGAAAUGUCACAUUUUUAAAUUUUUGCCAGGUAUAUAGAAGACUACAAAGCGGUAUGUAAUUCAAUAUGUUAACAUAACAUUAUUCAGCAGGUUUCAUUUGACUUUAUGAAGUAAAUGAUUAGUUCAUUCUGUAGAGUGAUGCAAACCCUUUGUCCAUAGCCGUAUACCACUGUCACUUUUUAUAGCUCUACGAAAGGUGGUUGUUUUUUGUUUUCUGCAUUUAAGCGAUUUGGCUUUAAAAUAUAUUGAAUCAUUCAAGGCUACCAAUUCUUGUAAAUAAGUUGCCUACUAUUACCAUAUCCAGUACAUAUAACCAUGCAUAAUUAGGAAGGCUUCAAUCGCUGGAUAGAGCUAAUUCAGAAAGUCACAUUGGGGAGGGGGUGGGCUUUAUCUUUUUCAGUUCAGACCAUUAUUUAUUUAGUUAAGGGAUAUUUAUGCUACAUUUCUAUCUGCUGCUGGGAGCGGUUUGAUUGGAAAUCUGCAGCAGACAGAUCAAACUGGUUUGAAUUGGGGUCCGUCGGCUCCAGUGAGGAUAAAAACCUGUCUCCAUUGAGCUCUAAUGGGGGUUCAUCUGAAAAUGGCUCACUGAGGUGGGUACUGGAUGCAACACAAAGCAGGAAUAAACAACCAAGGACCACAUCACUAUCAAAUCUUUAUUCCUGUGUGUAGAUGAUCUCUGAUCUGAUGUAUAACUGCAUGUAGAUGGUAUCUGAUAUGAAGCAGUUUCUAGUUUUGCACAGCUCCAAUAAAGAUGCGACUGAUCUGAUGGACUCGCCUUUUUCACUAAUACAGUGGGGACGUUACAGGACCUCUCCCCCCCCAACACUAAUUCACUAAGAGUUAGGAUUCAAACCCCUGGCACAGCAGGGACACUUACUCAGGACUCCCUUUGUGAAGGUAUAAAGCAGCACACAGGAUCCCAGCACCUCGACCACCACACACCUUGGCAUUGCAGUCUCAGGGAAGCAAGGAGGCCAAUGAAAUGACUUGGAGAGGCUCAGGGAGAACGAAGACACUUCAGUCGGGCCGACUAUUUACUAUUUUGUAUCUCUGCAUUCUUUUAAUGUCGUUUACCUUAUGUGUGCUUAAAUGUGAUAGUGUAUCAUGAUGUUGUGCUUUUUAAAGAGAAAAGAUGUUGCACAAUUUGUCGAGUGCAAAACUGAGCACAACAGAAAGAAAUAACUGAUGUCCUUUUAAUUUUCUAUUUUGGUUUCUUUGUGUAAAGGGAGCUAAAGGCCUGGUUUGUAGGUAUUGCGUGGGUGUUUUAUUUUUAAAUUAGAUUUGAUUUUCUCCUCCAUAAUUUUUAAAACCUCUAAAAAUCGGUUUGUCACCUAUCAUCAGAUGUACUAUUGCAUUGACAGCUAUGAAUCUGUUCAUCGGAUGUGCUAUUGCAUUGACAGCUAUGAAUCUGUUCAUCAGAUGUAUUAUUGCAUUGACAGCUAUGAAUCUGUUCAUAGUGUACUAGCUGUAUCUGUCCAGGUCAAACUGAAAUAUUUUAAUAUAUUGUACAUACCCACUUUAUCACCCACCCCCUCUCUUUUUGAAAUCUGAUUGAAGAGCAUUGUUAAUUCAUGAAUAAUAUAUUAAGGGUGCACCAGUGAUUUGAUUUGUUUUUUAAAGAUAUACCUCUAAAGCCAUAAAACACAAUGGUGUGAUGCUCCUUUUUUGUUUGUGGGUUUUGUGCUUGUUCGUUCUUUUUUUUUUUUCUUCUCUUAAACCACGUUCUUGGAGAAUAACGUUGUGAAUGCUUGUGAAUCUGGUUUGUGAUAUAAUUGUAAAGUGUAUUUAAAAGAGGAGCACUUUUUUCUCCUGAAGAAUUGAUAUUACACAUUCAGUUUUGUUCGCAUUGGAAAUACAAGGCUGUGGUACUCAGGGGUUACAAUAUGUAUUUCAUUAUAAAGUUUUACCUUUUAUUUCUA